AUGUCGGAAAAUCUCUGGACUCGCACACCUGUCGUUGAGUCCUCGGCUCUCUCCACAGCAGCAGGAUGUAGAAUAUUUCUCAAGCUGGACAACCUCCAGCCAUCCGGCUCUUUCAAGUAUCGAGGCAUCAGCCACCUCAUGAAGAGCGCCCUCGUCAACCGCGAUCCAGAGUCUCUCGCAAAGAUCCAUUACUACUGCUCAUCCGGCGGCAACGCUGGCAUCGCUUGUGCCACAGCUGCUCGAUCAAUGGGAUACCCCGCGACGGUCGUCAUUCCAACACCGACAUCUUCGUUUAUGGCCAACAAGAUCCGGUCACUGGGUGCGAGCGUGCAUCAAGUCGGCGCAAGCUGGGCUGACGCGGAUCGAUUUCUCAAAGAAGAGCUGCUGUCCAAGGACCCCAACGGCUUCUAUGUUCCUCCCUUCGACCACCCGAUCAUCUGGGAAGGCGCGUCGUCGAUGUUCGAGGAGGUGUAUGAGCAGAUGGAAGACGAGGGUGGCAUGGAUGGUGCUGUCUGUAGUGUUGGCGGCGGAUCGCUUCUCACAGGCAUCAUAACUGCGAUAGAGCGGAACUACACCCCUUCUCUCAGACGGCCACAAUCUCCGAAGAUCUUGGCGGUAGAGACUCGGGGCGCUGAGAGUCUAAACGCGAGUCUGAGAGGAGCGAAGCACAUCACCUUGCCAAAGAUCACCAGCAUAGCGACAUCGCUGGGCAUUGUCCGAGUUGCUGCACGGGCAUUUGAGCUGGCGCAGAAGCACAACGUGACUAGCAUUGUCUUGAGUGAUGCUGAGGCCGCUAUGGGCUCCGUUCGGUUUGCGGACGAUGAGGAUACCCUGAUCGAGGUAUCUUGCGGUGUUGCGCUCGCAGCUGUGUACAACGGCGAGCUGCGGAAAGCUAUGGGCAGCCAUAUGAGUGAUGAGGAGUGGCGGGAGAUGAAGAUUGUUGUUGCCGUUUGUGGAGGGAGUGAUGUGACGCCUGAUCUUCUGGAAGCAUACAGGAAGAAGUACAGUUCCGAGGCUCCAAGAAUUGUUCGGAAAGCCAAAGAGACGCUGCCUGUCGAACAGUUCACGACGAGUCGAAGGUGUAGUGCGGUUGAUAUCACGUCGGAGAGCGAGUCGAUUUUUAGCGUCGCAGCACGUGGCCUUAGAGCAGUCUUGGCGCCAUUCCGGAUAAAAGUCUGA